AUGGACGGCCACAGUGACUGCCAACAGCAGCAGCGGCAGGGCGCGGUUUCACCUGAGUCGCAGCCGCCCGCUCUUUCUUUCGGCGGGCUGUCGUUUGAUGAGUGCAGGAGCGUGUUCCUCUCACCCAACGCCCGCAGCUCAACUGACAUGCACGUGCCAUCUCUCUGGAUCCCUCCCUCCGCCUCCCACGCUGCCGUCCUCACUGCUGCUGCUGCCGCCAAUGCUCCCUUCUCCAUAUCGUCUUUCUCCGCUGCCACUUCUCCCUCCAAAGUUGCUGCUGUCCCAAAUGCCACUCCUGGUUCCAAUGCUGCUGUUCUCCCCAACAACGCAAUGGUGACCAACACAGCGACGUAUGCGGCCAGUUCUGCUGCGCUCAGCCUGCCGAUGAAGAGAGCGCGGGAGGAGUUUAGCGCUCUCACGAUGGACCCGCCCCUCCUCGUGGAUGCAUCUCGGGAGGAGCUUGGCCUGCCUCGUCGUGUGGCGCAGCGGCCUCAGUCGUUUGAGGAGCUGCUUCAGCUGCAUGGAGAGAGGUGCCACCAGCAGCGAGCCCUGUGGCCGGGCGUGGGGUUGGAGAGAGCCUGGUUGGGCCAUCUGCUGCUGCAGGAGCGCUACCAGCAGCAAGGGGAGACGAGUGCAGUGCAGCGGGUGCUGUGGCCGCGCGUUGGUUCUGAAGGUGCUCUUCCAGAUGAUGUGUUGCUGGGAUUCAGCAACGACGACCCCGCCUUCAUCCAGCGCUCUGCUCUGUCUGCUCCUCCGCCCACCCAGCCACACGCAGCGCUGCCAGCGCCAAUGCCCUCCCAACUCGCUGCCAGGCCUUAUUCUGCUCCGUGCAUUGAUGAUUCCAAGCCCUGCAUUGGCGAUUCCAAGCCCUGCUGUGGGGAUGUGGCUCCGUGCGUUGAAGAUGCGCCCCCUGCUGACGCCCGUGCUGCUGUACAGCAGCUGGCCCAGUCCGUCGACUCCUGCACCCAGGAGCACGGCAACAGCUGCGCACAUGACAGCAAGAGCGAUGUGCAUGCACACGGCAGCAGUAACCACGACAUCCCAGUGCAGGGCAACAGCAAUGUGCCCUACGCCAGGAGCGAGAGCCUCUUUCUCGACGUGCCCGUCUCCCACCUGUGCCUCGCUGAGCCUGCCUCCACGCCCCUGACAGGUGAGAGCCCGGCACCCCCAGGGGGUGGGGUGGCUCUGCCGGAGUGGGCGGUGGAGCAGGGUGGGACCCACGAGGGAGGUGUUCAAUCACACAGGGAUCAUCGGCAGCUCCUGGGCGGUCAUCACCGGCAACAACUGAGCAGUCACCAGUUGCAGCAUCUGAGCGGUUACCAGCAUUGCCGGUGGGCGACGUUGGUGAUGCCCUGGGAGGUGAAUCUGCUUCCUGGGAGAGCUCCUUCCCUCCCGGGCUCAACUCAGAUGUGCCUUCUGCAAGCAGUCUGCUUGGGCUCGGAGAAACAGCUGAUUUGA